AUGCCCCGCUCCCCCUCCCCGCCCUACAGGCGGCGCUAUCGCUCCCCCUCGCCGCGCUUCAACGACCGCGACCGCGACAGGUAUCGCGACUCGCGCGACCGCCGGCGGGACAGGGACGAGAGACAGUGGGAGAGCUACUACCGGCGGCGCGACUCGCCGCCGAGCACGUCGGCGUCGGCGUCCGGCGUGCCGACCAACGCGGCGUCCUCGCGCGCGGGAUCACCAGAAGAAGGACAGAUCACUUCCCCCGAGACCCGGAGACGCAGCCGCUCGCCGCGCCGCAGGCGCUCGCCUAGUCCGCCGCCACGGGGCGGGCGAUGGGCCGACUCGGACAGGUAUCGCGGCGACGGGUGGGACAGCCGCGAUCGCGACAGGGACCGCGACUUUCGGCGCGGCGGCAGACGCGAGUUCGACCGCGAGCGCGAUCGCGACCGCGGGUGGGGAAGGCGUGGCAGCCGCUCGCCGUCCCCACGCCGGCGGGACACCUCCCCCUCGGCCUCGUCCGCGCGCUCAUCAAGACUCACCUCGCCAAGGCGCGACCGCUCGGCGUCAGCAAGCCCGCGGCGCGCGCGGUCCCCCGAGCCACAGAGGAAAGACGCACCGCCGCCAGCUGCCGCAGCCUUCGCGCGUCCCCCGCCGUCUGGCCCCCGCGCAGAGCGCCUCCCGCCGACCGCGCCGCGCGCUUACGGCCCCGGCGCGGCGCCGCCGCCUUCCGCACCGCGCAUUGAGCGGCCCGGCCCCGCGCCAGCGUGGGCGGAUAAGCGCCGCGUGACGUCCCCUUCGGCCUCCUCGACCCCCACUGGAGCGGGCGCGUCCGUCGCGUCCAGCUCGCCGUCGAUUGCGGAACAGCAUGCGGACCCACCACUGCUCGACCCCGACACUGCGGCGCGGCUCCGCGAAGCGCGCUUCAUGGCCGAGCUGCCGCCGCUCAAGGUGCCCUUCGUUGGCGCGUGGGAGGCCGAGCUAGCCGCUAAUGUUGCGCGGCUCGCGCCACUGCAGGCCCAGGUGCUCCGCGCGCAGUCUAGCGCGCGCCUCGCUUCCGCCGUGCUGGCCAACGCGGAGGCCGAGCGCGCCGCUGCUGGCGAGCGGCGGCGGCUCAUCGCCAACCGGCUGGCGAAUGGCGCGAUUGAGGGGAUUAUUGGGAGCUGA